AUGCCAUUUUUAGAUUCGUUGAUCGUGCAUAACAAUAGUUUCACAGGUUUACUUCUCCCAAGGUUGGCCAACUUUUCUAGUCUAAGAAUAAUUGAUGCUGGAUAUAAUAGCCUUACAUACCAUUUCUCUCCAACCCUACCUUAUUUCCCUAAUAUAGUGGUACUUUCCUUGAGAAUGAAUCAUAUUCACGGCUACUUACCCAAACAGUUAUGUGAAAUGCAGUAUCUACGUCUCCUUGAUCUUUCUGGAAAUAACUUAUCAGGAAAACUUUUACCUUGUCUUCACAAUAUUUCAUCUUGGAGGUCAAAAAUUCUACACAGGGCCGUAAUUUCAUUCUACUCAUCAUCUUCUUCUACCAUUGCAUGGGGAUCUUUAAUACCAUCAGAUCCAGGCCUAUCGUUAAAGUCGAAAAAUUCGAUCCGUCAGUACAAGAGUGAGCCUCUGCAGUGGAUGACACACCUCGAUUUAUCAAUGAAUAUGAUUAGCGGCAUCAUUCCUCAAGAAAUUGGAGAGCUGCAGGGACUUCAGUCAUUAGACUUAUCCAAGAACCACAUCCAAGGUUCUUUACCAAAGUCAAUGGCAGACAUGUAUAAUCUGCAAAGUUUAGACCUCUCACAUAAUGGUUUAAGUGGUUCCAUUCCCAGUGAAAUGGUACGACUCACCUUCCUUGAAACAUUUAGCGUUGCCUUCAACAACAUGACGGGUGUGAUCCCGAAUGGUAUACAAUUUAGAAGUUUUAAUGAGAGCAGUUUUGAAGGUAAUCCAGGAUUAUGUGGACCGCCACUAAAGAAAGAAUGCUCCUCGAAUAAUGAGAACACGAAAGGGAUAACAACAACAGAAGAUGGAGGAAAGUCAAAAGAUUACAAGAAUGCUUUAUUCUUUGCAAUUGUUACAACGUCAUUUACUCUUGGUUUUUGGGGGUUUCUUGUCAGUUUGUUUUUCAAUAAAAGUUGGAGGAUGAAAUAUUUCAAGUUCAUCGAUCAAUUAUUGUAA